AUAAAUAUCAAUCCUACCUAUGCUGGUAUAGUGUUAAAAAAUAAAAAUGGAUAUCGUUACAUCACUAUAUUUGUUUAUAAUUGAAGUAAGCUCAGGAUUUAGCUCCCGCAGUAAUGAUUAGAUGUAAAAACAGCAAAGAACGUUAUUGGAAACCGAAGACAAGGAAACGUCAAAUUACUAUAAAAUUGUUUCCGGGACGUAAAAAUUUUGAAUAUACAUUCGAUGUAAUGUACAAUAAAUUGCAUAUUGAGAAUAUAUUUUUCGGAAAUCAUAUCACGUUAUAUGAUUGAAAUCAUAAAAGUGUUCUAUGGACGUAUUGGAAGCAUAAUUUGUGAAACACGAAAUGGGGAAAAGUUAAAUUUUCACAUAUUAAUCGGAAUGAGGAAAAAAGACAGCGUAUAUUAUUUACUGCUGAUUAAAUCAUUUAUUUUCUUCCGUUAACACGCGUAAACAUGUUUAACUUUAUUGUCAAUAAACAUGUCACGAUUUGACGUGUUACGUGCAUCGUGCAUGACAUUUGAAUAUGGCACAAUAAUAAACACCGCUGACUUCACCCAUCAAAGGUCAAAUCUUCAAGGAUCAUUAUUACUUAUUAUUAUACCAGCAGUGUAAACGGUCGUUGUUGAAAGAUUAUAUCAAUGGACGAGUACGAAAAAGAAUUGAACACGUUAGAAAACAACUGCUGAAACUGAUGGAAAAUUAAAGAAAUAUCGUGACACCUGCUGCGUUCAUUUGUAUAGCAUGGAGUUGCGUGUUGGGUCUUCAAAGACCGGCGCCGAGAUACUCGCAGCAAUACAUGCCGGAUACUUCUUUUACAUGCCGCAACAAAAUAGUCGGCAGCUACUACGCAGAUCCGGAAACUGAUUGCCAGUUGUUCCACGUCUGUGUUUCCGUGGCUGGCAGCAUUCAAGACUACAAAUUCCUGUGUCCAAACGACACAGCCUUCGAUCAGGAGAGUCAAACCUGUGCGGAUUGGUACGACGUCGAUUGUGAAGCAGCGACCCUGUACUACGCGAGUGACAAUUUCGACCUCUACCGAUUAGGUUCGGGUCUGGAGUCGCUUCACUACGACAGUAUUCGUAGUGACGCCGAGCCCCAAGACCACCUUCAACGCAGCGAGACGAGCGACCCGGUGCGUUCGUCCUCGAACAGCCUGAAUCGAGCGUCACAAAGCGCUUACAACGCGAACGACAACGGCAACAGCCGUGACAUUUUGCGCGGUAGCAGCAGCAUCAAUUUUUACAACAGUCGGAACGGUGGAAAGGACGAGGAUUACGAGAACGAGCCAGUUCAAGAGCCGAAGAAGAAGAGCGGCGUGAGAAAAAUCGCUCGUAAGCAACAGCCGACGAGCAGCAACGGAAAUUUCGGAAACAAUUACGCUUCUUCGAGCACAGUAGCUCCGAUAGUUGCGAGUAGUCCGACGUCGAGCAACUACAACGGUAACUACUACAACAAUUUCAGUAGACAACGAACCAACUCUUUCCCGUCUUCGACGAUCCCGAGUUCCGCCGCUCCUGCUGACAAUUUCAGCGCUAGGAAUCAAAACAACCAGAAAUACAACGCGCCAACAUCGACCUACAGGCCAUCCACCGCUCAACAAACUUACAGCACCUAUCACUCGCCAAGCACAACCUCAAGGCCCACGACGUAUAACAAUUUCAAUAACAACAACAACAACAACAACAACAACAACAACGCUUAUAACGGGAACAAGAACCAACAGCAAACGAGCAACAGUUACGGCCAAAGUAUCGUAACGAGCCCGAAGCCAACGACUUACAGCCAAAAUUAUCCCAGCACUACCGUAACCACGCAAAAAACGACGAGCUACAAUCAGAAUUACAACGAUCAACCAAAUUAUAACACCCAAUAUUCUCAAUUCGGACAAAACACCCGUACCCAAUCUACCACCGUUCAACCGAGCACGAAUUAUCAAUCGAGUGACUACACCAACUACCAGAGAAAUUAUAACAACAUACAACGUUCAACGAGCUCGGCCAAUAACUUCCCUACAACGAUUUCACCAACAACGUUUCAGGACGCUUACAACACUAAUCAAGGAAACGGUUACGUUCCAACGACAUACAGACCACAAAUAAACAACAAAGCUUCAACCAACGAUAACAGUGCACAAUACAACAGUCAAGCCGCCAGGUCCACUCAAUACUUCGACGCUACACGAUCCACGAAAAAAUAUUCCAACGAUCAAUUCGCCGGAGCGCCGCGAGGUGGCGACCGGUACAAUCCUCAAGCAACGGCCAAUGACAACGGACAGUACAAUUCGCAACCCUCGAAAUCAACACAGUAUUAUGACUCGACAAGGGCGCCUAAGAAAGCGACUCAGUACAAUGCUAAUUAUGACAUCACCAACAAUGGAAAAUAUUAUGAAACGAGUACCGCUAAUUACGAUAUUGUCAGAUCACAAGCUGGUAUUGGAUUUAGCCCGUCAAGCAUAAAUCAUCUUGCUGAAACACCUAGAACGACCACACCCGUACCAAAGAGAACCGGUGGUCCGACGACUUACAGUCCUCAGAGUUUCAAUAACAACAAUCAGAAACAAGCCCAAACAACAGCGAGAAUAAGUACGACGUACGUGAGUGGUCCAGCGCGACCAUUCUCGACGACGGUAAGAACGAACGAGCCGACGACAGCGAAACCAAAAUCCGGAAUAAAAAAGAACGAUUACGACUACGCCUACUACGACAACGUCGGUGGUUUCGAAUACGAAGGUCUUGAGCUCGAACACGUUGUUGCUGGCAACAAAGAGUCUUCAAAAAUAGCGAGAACUUAGAUAAUAUACUUCAAUACAUAUACUGGAUAUUUCUCUAGAUUAAGCUCUACGAGGAACGAGAGCUUUUGGGAAAGAAAGUGUAAACGAAAGAAAAGUGUUUAUCGCUAUUGACCUGAUGGUAAAGUGCACGUUGUUGCUCCUCUGUCUUUUUUUUUUCGAACGGCCAGUAAAUAAGCCACUCUAAUUGGUCUUUGAUCACGGUGAAACGAUGUUCUGUUUCGAAGACGAAUUUUUGUGGAUAGACAAGAAUGUUACUCGAUAAGAGUUUCAGUCCAAAUCGUGCAUAGGAUUUUUUUUCAAUUAUUCACAAGCCUGCGGACGAUAUUCACACCCAUAGAAUGUGUGACAAGUUUUCGUUUUGGCCCGAAGGGAUUCAUCAACUUUUUUUAUUGUACUAUCAGCACACUUUUUGUUUUUAUUUGUUUUUUUUUUUUUUUUUUUUCAUCGUAUCAGUUUACAUUCAUAAAUUUCGCUAAUUUGUCAGUAUUGUAGAGUAGAGUAGACACAAGAAAAAACUUGUUUCGAUAUUGCGUAAUCUUGAUCGCGGUAGAACGAAGACUUUGAAGACAUGUGCGCCCCUGCUAAUAGAAAAAUUUCUUAUUCUAUGUCGCCGAAGCAGCGUGAAGCGGAAGAACCACUUACCAUGUAUGUUCAAAUCUUAUCUCGAAAAUUGUAUUCUAAAUAUUUGUACUGAGUGUAUAUACAAAAUAUUAUAUGUUAUGAAUAUUUUAAUUAAGAAAAAAUACGUGCGUAAUUUUUUUGUUUUUUUUCAUUUUUAUAUUAUCGAAGCAUAAAUACACUGGGACUGAAGGGAUGUAUUGAAAUAGAUAUGAUCAAAUUUUCUUGCACGCGCAAAUAAUAUAAAAAUGAUUUCACAUCCCGGAUGAGGGUAACAUCAAGAGACUCGGUAGAGUCUCGGGACAAAUACAUUGACAGCCCUGUCGUCUGCUGGCCUGAGGCUCUCACCGAGACUACGAGACUACACCUUUUCUGAAUUAAAUGAUUCGCGGUGGUGGGGGUAAAAUCGGAAUGCCAUUUCGUUUGUUUACAAAGCUCCUGAGUCGUAAAAGGCUUUGAAAAUUGAACUCGAGACUAAUUAAGAAAUUAUCUUUUGAAUUAGCCCAAAAUCAGCAUGAUACGUGGUAUAAUGGCUGAGUAAAAACUUUGCACGGAUUUAAGAUUAUGCAAAACUUACUAACACAUUUAUGGACUUGAUGUGUCUGUACACGCGUACUGAACGCUACAGAGACAUAGACGACUUCUGGCCCUCAUGAUCACCGAUUCCCGGUGGGAGAAUUCUUGUAGUUUGUAAUGUUAAAAUAAGGAAAUAGUGUAGAUGAGAAUUUAAGUGUGUAAAUGUUGUUGAUAUGUUCUGGGUAUAAAAAAAAAUGAUUGAGCAUUGUUUUUAAUGUUGGAAAGCAACAUUUUGGGGUUUUUUUUAUCAUGUUUUGGUUUCAAGGCGUAUUAUUCCGAAUCACAAAUAAAUACUUGGCCUCCCAUUGAUGUCAUAAAUUUUGCUACUGCAAUAAAAUAUAAUGCUUAUGACUUUUUUUUUAAUCAUAAAGUUGUUGGAUCACUGGAAUAACUCUAAGUGGUAUUUUGCUCCGGUGGAAAUAGUUCAUUUUCCGGUUUGAAUUUCUAAUUCAUUCCGUCGAAAUCAAUAUUCCGAAUUACCAAUAAAUUCUUAGUCUUGAAUUGA